AUGACAAGUAAAGCCACACCUAUCAACGGCCUAUCCCUCCGAUUUGAGGCCGAAGAGCAGGAUGCCGAAGACAAGUUCCAGUUGAACCGCAAACAACGUCGUAGCCUUUGCCACCUCAUAGUCACAACUCCAGAGUCAGAGCGCCCGAUAACUCUAUUUUGCAAUGGUCUCACUGUUGUUGGAAGGGGGCGAAACGCUGUCCUACAGGCAUUAAGGUCUGGACUGUUCGAACUCGUGCAAUCUGGCAAGGAAGAUGCAGGUGUUAUCAUGCUACCAUCUUUCACGUCACUUCGGAAAGGCCAGUACAACAUACUCCCUACGGCAUUCCCACAGUAUCGGGAAGUAUCGAUUGAUGUGUCGACUGAAACAACGCAUGUUGCGUGGAAAGAGGCCUUACAGCCUGGGCGUACAUACGGUUUACGGCUGGCUGAGAACGCUGGCGAAGUAUUCGCAUGUUAUACUGAUGAGCUCGAUAACCCGCCUGAUGAAAUUCCGCCAAAGAAGAAGCUGCCCGUCCAUCGUGAGCGAGGUGGCACAUACUACUUCACCGUCCUCGACGACCCAGCGCCUCCAAAACUCUUCGCCAGGCUGGAGAUGCCCAGAAAAGCUCAUCUCAACGGUCCAACCCCAUUUACCCUCGUUAUCGAAUACACAACCGAUAGCGUCGAGCCUCUGGUGUUCGAUAAAUCGCGCUCUCCACUUUCAGUCACCACACUAUGCACCGGAGCAAACCUGCACUGUAUCGACCAACUGAUUGACUGUCAGGACAAUGUCACUGGGGAGAAGGUUGAAUGGGGUGCCGUCUUCGUCUGCUACGAUUACGAUCCCCACCCGGUAUUCCCGGACGAUGGUGACUUUGUCGAGAUCUCAACGAACAGACCGUGGCGAUUCGAAUGUACUUUGGAGGAAAUGGGCAAUGAGAAAGAAUAUAUUCGCAGUAUGGAAGGGCUAAAGGCUGAUCGUACGUAUAAGGCUCGAGUUGGUGGGCCUUCGGGCUUUAGACGGUGGCAGUACGGAAAGAAAGAGGAUUUGCUGGCUGGGACGCUAAAAGACAAGAUGAAGAGGUGGGAGGUAGACAUGGAGAAGUUGGGGUAUUUGGACGUGGAAAGGAUUGAGGAGGACCUAUAUUUUGAGACUGUUGCAUGA